AUGGAGCUGGAGGCUGCCGUGAACACCCUGAUGAAGGAGGCGACUCGAGCGGGCCUCGUGGCUGCUCCUGAAGAGGUGGCCAGGAGCAAGGAGGACGUCGUGGAGAGGGGCGCGCGUGCGGAGGAGCAGCCUGGUGUCCGAAGCGCCCGUCGCGCCGGCCUCGGCCCUCGAUGCGGCCCCAGGCCGGGCAGCUCCGGGCGGCAGCCUGCGGCAAGCGGGGAGACAGGCAGGAAGGAUGCAAAGGAGGCGCCUCAGGGACGCGCCGCACCGGCCAAGGCCACCGGCCCCACGGACCGCCACGACGGGGCCCCCAGAUCCAAAACUCAGGCACUCGAGGCUGGGAAAGAAAGGCUUCAACAGGCGGCGCUGCCGACGGCCAGUGUGCAGGCGAAGCGCGUGCCCAAGACCCCGACACCUGAGGAUCGUAAGAAGCAGUUGCAGGAGUGGCUGGCAUCCAAAGGGAAGUCCUACAAGCGGCCUCCUAUGAUGCUGCCUCCAAAAAAGCCAUCGAAAGAGAAGCUGCUCUCAAAGAGCCGUGUCCAGGGCGAAAAAGAGAAGAGCCCGGAGCAGUUGCUCUUGGACAAGAUCAAUAGUGUCUUUUCCAACUGCCUGGAGUACAUUGAGAAGGUGGGAAUGGGGAAGGAGCUGCUUUAGGAGGCUCCCAGUNCGGAGCGGUUCGGCCAGUUCUGGGUCUGCAAAGCGAAGCUGCUGGCCCGCGCGGGCCCCUUCGACGCCACGGGGCUCUACAAAGACGCGGUGUGCGCCGGGGCCGUGCCGCUGCAGGAGCUCCGGGAAGUGAUUGUCGGCAUUUUGAAGAGCAGGAAGAGGACGUGGGAGGGCGACGCGUGCCCGGCAGGGCCGGCCGGCCUGUGCAACGCGGGGGAGGCCGCGUGCUCAGCGUGUCCCAGCACCCCGGCUGAGUGUGACAGGCCCCAUCCUCCUCCAGGACAUGGGGGGGAACAGGCGGAGCCGCCUGUUCUUUGCGAGCCCGUGACACCGUGUCCGAGCGAGAGGCUCCACGCGCCGGAGACUCCCUGCCUGACGGGAAAGCGCCUGCCCGGCUCCUCAAUCAAGUUCCAGCUGCUCUCCAUCUCCAGUGAAGGCCGCGAGUGGAAGCUCCUGACGCCAGUGCGGCGCUCGCGGCGCGUGGAGUGGGCUGGGAGCCGCUACCCGCGGAUGCUGAAGGACCACGACACCGUGGUGGCGUCUCUCAACGAAAUCCUGGCCUGGGAAGAGGAGAUCAAGCUCCUUUUUCGAAACAACAAGGCCUUGCCGGAGUUGGCAGAGCUGGAGAUUUGGGAUUUGUAG